CCCCUCUCCCCCCCCCCACCGGUCUCCCAAGGAUGGAUCAUUCCCAGUGCCUUGUGACUAUAUACGCCUUGGUGGUUCUGCUGGGUCUCCGGCUAGAGCAGGGCUCCUGCCAGCACUAUCUGCACAUCCGACCGGCUCCUAGCGACCCUAUCUUUGACCCCAAGGAGAAGGAUCUUAACGAGACCUUGCUAAGGAACCUCAUGGGCGGACACUUCGACCCUAACUUUAUGGCUAUUUCCUUGCCCGAGGACCGGCUCGGAGUAGACGAUCUAGCUGAGCUGGACUUGCUGCUCAGACAGAGACCCUCGGGAGCGAUGCCCAGCGAAAUCAAAGGGCUGGAGUUUUACGACGGGCUGCAGCCGGGCAAGAAGCACAGGCUGAGCAAGAAGCUGCGCAGGAAGCUGCAGAUGUGGCUCUGGUCCCAGACCUUCUGCCCGGUCCUAUACACGUGGAACGAUCUCGGCAGCCGCUUUUGGCCCCGGUAUGUCAAAGUGGGCAGCUGCUACAGUAAAAGGUCUUGUUCAGUCCCAGAAGGCAUGGUUUGCAAACCUGCCAAGUCCGUGCAUUUGACGAUCCUGAGGUGGAGGUGCCAGCGUCGGGGGGGGCAGAGGUGCACAUGGAUACCCAUCCAGUACCCCAUCAUUUCGGAGUGCAAGUGCUCCUGCUAGGGCUUGCACUCACCUUCUCUCGCCCCUUCUCCAGCGGACUCACGUGGACCUUUGCUGCAACAAAAAUAAAAGACAUUUGCUUUCUGGUUAACGUUGUAAUGCACUGUAACGUGUAGGAGAAUGUAUAUUGUGUGUAUAUAUGGCACCGGUUUAAUAUCCUAUUAAAAGGUCAGUAUUAUACGUGAAAUAAUCAGCGUCUACUGUAUUUUUAAGACUAUUACCCUGA